AUGUCCGCUACACAACAACUCUCGCAGCUGAAGAGCUUGCAGGAGACGCUCAAUGCUGCCAUCGAUACCUUCAAAGCUGAACUGGAGAAGCAGCAACUUCCGGAGCCGUCCCUGACAACCUCCAAACCUCAUCCCAUCGAUGACAUCUCGUACAUCCCAUCCCCUGCCAUGUACGAGGCGAGGAGGACUGGCGUAGCUGCAUGCAACCUGAUCAAAUACCUGCUCGAGAGUCCCUAUGAUGCAGUCGGAGGAAAUACAUGGAUGACCCUAGAGUCCGCGGCCAUCCGCCUUGCAGCGGAUCUCGGAAUAGCGGAUAUCCUGGUUGCCUGCCCUGAUCCCGAGGUUGGCCUCACCGUGGACGAGAUUGCAAAGAGGACGGAAGUUGAUGCUGCCAAACUUGAACGCGUUUUGAGGUUACUGGUCUCUCAGAACUGGUUCCGAGAGAGUAAACCCGGUUACUUCGCUAACAACCGUCGCUCCCUGCUCGUCCAGAAGUCGCAGCCCGGUUGGCACCUCAUCACGUUCAUGAACGAGAUGUUCCAUCGCAUCUCCUGCGCACUGCCUGAGCACAUCAAUAACCCCUCCAAGGAAUUCCGGUUUGCCACUGACCCGCACCAUACGGCGUGGAACAUCGCGUACAAGACCGAGUUGCCUUACUUCGGCGCCGACGGCUGGUUGGCGAAGUACCCGGGAGAGGCAGAGAAGUUUGGUUUGGCGAUGGGUGCGGUCGGUCCGACCUCUGAUCCAGGUGUCGCGGCCGAUUUCCCAUGGGCUGAGAUCGCAGCCGGGAAGGAUGCCAUCGUCGACGUCGGUGGUGGACAGGGAACGCUGUGCUGCUCCCUGGCAGCUAGAUACCCUUCGAUCAAGCAGUUCGUCGUCCAGGAUUUACCCGAGACGCGCGCCGCUGCGGAGCCGUUCAUCGCGUCCAAGGGCUUGACCGGUCGCGUUGUUUUCGAGGAACAAGAUUUCUUCAAGCCGCAGAGGAGGAAAGGCACUGGCACGUAUGUCUUUGUCAUGCAACGAGUUCUGCAUGACUGGCCGACAUCCGAGGGCGCGCGUAUGCUGGCUCAGAUGCGUGAUGCGCUCAAGGAGUCGCCGGGAUCCGUCCUCCUCGUCAUUGAUACCAUCAUCCAGCCCGGGUUCCUUUCGACGUCUGGUCCGUCGGCAAAGGAGAGUUUGGAGAGCGAAGAGAAAGUGGGGAUUUACAAACCGAUCCCUCCCCCGCCUUUCAUUCCUGCGGACUUCGGCGAGGCCAGCCGGAUCCCGCACCAGGUCAACGUCGCCUUGACCGCCAUGUGCAAUACGUUCGAGAGGACGUUGCCGCAGCUCAAGGAGAUGGUCGAGUCGGCCGGUCUGAAGAUCAAGGAAGUACACGCCACCAGGGGUUGGGCAUCUAUCACGGAAGUGGUCCUGCCUUAA